CUAUGUCAGUUGCCCACAUUGUCACACAGACACUAAUAACAGGUGUACGACUGAGGCGACACGACUUAAAUAUUUCUGAAUAGGUCUCAUCUGUUACACUGGGAGGAAUACUAAACGGCACACUGCUUGUUCUCACAUCAUCAGGGCACUGACAUGACAUGAUCCAUGGUUAUUCUCUCAAUGGAAACACAGAGACACAUCAAUAUGGCACACAUGAUCCAAGAGGAGAGAAGCACAGAGCCGGCCGACGAGAUGGGAGAAACGGAGAAACAGUUUCUCAAAGAUCUCUACUCGUUCAUGAAGAAGAGAGAUACACCCAUCGAGAGAAUCCCAAACCUGGGCUUCAAACAAAUUGAUCUAUUUGUGAUGUUCAGGACUGUCAGAGACAUGGGCGGCUACCACCAGGUGACUGCUCAGCAGCUGUGGAAGCAAGUCUACAACAUGCUCGGAGGGAAUCCACGAAGCACGAGUGCAGCUACCUGUACCCGCAGACACUAUGAGAAGCUGCUCCUGCCGUAUGAAUGUCACGUGAAAGGCGUAGAGAUGAGUGCCUUGCCUCCUCCGAAUCAGCCAAAGAACACGCAUUACACAGUGAAACAUGAUAUGGGCCUGAGACCGGCUAAACGCAAACUGAUAUCAAUACCUCUGCAUCAGCCACCACGCGGUCAUCAGCCAGGCCAGCAUGCGAAUCCUUUCCCCGUGUCGCUCUGCUACCCUCACUACUACCAUCCAAGCCACGCGGUUUUCCCUCCCCACAUCCCUACCGCCUCCUCACUUAUGGCACCACAUGGCCCCCCCGAACCACGGCCCCGGUUUCCUUUCAAUCCAUAUCAUCUAAACUCAACAGAAAGGGUCAUGGAGCCGCUGGACCACCUGCGGGAGCUGGCGAAACUCUACAAGAACUCAUCUGGAUUGAAUGAGCCCCUAAACCUCAGCGUUAAAGCAUCAAAAGAGGGAACCAGCAGGCCUGUCUCGUCGUUCGCCCCACCUUCAUCCAGCAAAACCCCGAAGUUUUUGAACAAACCCUCCCCUCUGUACACUGCUCAUUUCCCACAGGUGGUGAGAAGUGAAGAUGAUAAGGCAGGUUUAGGAGAGACGUAUCCUGCGAAAGCUAGGGAGACAUACGUCAUCGAUGUCGACGCUAUAACGGCCUCAAGCAGCCCCUCGUGUGACUCUGCUCUGACACUUAGAACAGACGAAGGCGCCGUCGCAACAGCCCAAAGUCCCAGCUCUCUGAGAAGAGACUCCGCAAUCCAGCCAAAAGGAGAAAGAGAAGGGAGUCCGGAAGUAAGAGGGCUCGACCUCAGUCAUAUACUGCCCAACCUCCCUCAAGAGAACAGAGGCGAGAUGGAAAUUGAGGUUCCGCUGUCUGUGUUUAAUAACUGGCUCAGGCUGUGUAGGUCCUCACCCACGACGCAAGGAGAUAAGCAGAUACCUACUCUUUCUACUCUGGAAGAACCCUCUGGGAAAAGGAUUUGUCCUGACGCAGACGUCAUCCCCGCCAACGUAACAUUUCGAAUGAAUCCCCAGCACCCGAGCUCGGUCGCUGAGGAUCUCCGGCUGAGGCAGAGAAGUCCCACGCCGGUCGUCCAAACAAGUGAUCAUCGCAACGACAUGAGCCAAGAUUCUUUUACCAGCUACAAGCCUGUGCCUUCAGGUAGUAUUCUGAAAAAUGCAGCCAGCCGGGAUGUCUAUCCAUUCGAUCAGCAGGGUAUCAACAAGUCAUACACUUCCAAACCCUCAAACUGCUGGGAACCAUACGACCAACAGACCUGGGUUCGCCCAAUCCAAGCAAAAAGUGACUCUAAUCCUCUCACGGUUCCGCAAAACUUUGCAGCCUCUAAAUCCUACAACGAAGACCGAGGCCAGGGAGGGAAGUCCGAGAUAGUACCCUCGGCUCUGCUAAUGAUGGAUCCCAGCUCCACUUCUCUGCUGCGGCUCACAACCGAAGAGGUGAUGAAACUGAAGAAAAUCAUCUCGAGCUCAUUGUGAAGAUCGGUUCAGACACACACCACACUGACACUCCAACACCACAUUAAAGCUGACUCGCAUUACGCUGUAGCUCGUUGAAGUUUUGUAUCAUCCUUUAAUAUGAUUAAAUAUAAUGUCAAAGUGUCAAAUAAAAAUCUGAAUUUUAAUGACUAAUAAUUCAUUCACGUCUGGAGCAGAACUUAAGUUAAGGAGAAUGUGCUGCUUGCCUUUUCUGUACAGUAAUAUUUCUUGCAUGAUACAUGUAAUACUUUUAAUUAUAAUGUAAAUAAAAUCAAUUAAAGUCAAUGAAACAGA